UUGAGACUUCCUUAGUGAUCGUGCUUAUAACCAGCAUGGGGAAGAGCCGAGCUCGUAGGUUUAAAGCAGCAGCCUUUAGCCCAACCGCAGCUGUGAUGAAGACGCCAAUUGAGGACGAAGAGAAUGAAGAAGAGGAAAGCUUGCAAGCCGAAGAGCUACUGCAGAAAUUGCAGAGCCCUUGCCCUGAAGUCAGGGAGUUUGCUUGUGCUAACAUCUCUAAGCUGGUCCAGCAGAAGCAAGUCAUCCCAUCCUUCCUUAAAAGAGAUGCUGUGAGAUGUCUUGGGCCACUGCUGCUUGAUAAGUGCCUAUCUGUUCGUGAAACAGCAGCUGGGGCUUUACGGAAUCUAAGCGCUUGUGGAGGCUUUGAAGUAUGUGACGACAUGGUAUCCAAGGACAUAAUGACGCCCCUUGUGGCUGUGUUGCGAGAGUGUGCCACGGGUUUAGAUGCCGAUUUGAAGUCUGGUAUGAACACAGAUUGUCCAAAAAAUUACGUAGACGAGAUAGCUAAUGAAGCAAUCAACGUAUUGUGGAACGUGUGUGAGAGCAGCAGUAAAGCAUUGUCUGUCUUCAACAAAGAGAACUGUGUGGAUAUAGUUAUACAGUGUUUGAGCAGAUUUUCCAGUAACAUGGAGCUGUCCAUUUCUGCAGCACACUGUCUGCAUACAGUUACAGAAGAUAACCCUGAUCUUCUGGCCUCUUUGGAUACCUCUUUACUGCAAACUCUAGAGGCAGUGAUGCUGGCCUCCUCUUCUUCAGCUGAAAUGGGCCUCUUACGGAUAUUAGUUGCAGGUUCAGUCUGGAAUCUGAAGGAAAGAAUUCCUUCCUCUGCUCAGGCAGACUCUAUUAAUGCCAUCCUGAGGAUUCUCUCUGAGGUUCUGUCUGUGGAUGCGGGGCAUUUCAUUGGUCAGAUGAAAGAAGCAGAGUCCAAGCAUUUAACAGCUGCUGUCCUACAGUCUGAUACUGAGGAGGCUGCCGCCAUCCUGGGAGAAGCCACUCUGAAUGAAGAUGAAGAAAUGCUGGAUAGGCCAGUUAAAGAAGAUAAACGGGCUGAUAUUUCUGAUCUGCUUCCUGCUGCAAACGAAGAGCUGAAACAAGCAUCAGCCUUACUUUUGUCACAGAAAACUGCCCUUGAAAUGAUCGUGAACAUGUGUUGCAGUGAAGAUGUGUCUGAUGACGAAUGGGAAGCUCUCUCCAGUAGUGAUGAAAGUGAACUGGAGAACUCUGUAGGUGACAGUAAUGACCAGCUGCUGUCUCCACUUUGUCUGUCUGCAGAGGUUCAGUCUGCUCUUUUGAACCAUGACAUACCAAAAAAGGUAUUUCAGAAAACGUAUUUUCCGAGCAGUGCUGCAGUACAGAUCUGUAGACAGACUCCUGCAUGGAAACCAUUAAUUCCAAAGAUGUUCACAGUCCAGCAAAGAGCCCUGACCUGUCUGCAUAAUAUUCUGUCCAUGCUGAAUACAGAGAGCUUGGGAGGAGCCCCUGUUCUGCAGCAGCUUGCCCAGCAUCUCUCAGAGAUGGUCUUCAAACUGCCAGGAGACAUUCCAAAACAGGAUGAUUUUUUGGAGGCUGCAAGCAGUGCUGUGAGAGCUUUGCUACAGACAAUGGCAUCCAAAGAAAUUCCCCAGUGUAUGACACCAGAGCAGGUGAUGGUCCUCAGCGAUGUCUGUGUUAAAAGCACAAAUACCAGUGCUCGAGUAAAUGCUGUCAGUAUUAUUGGUAUUAUGGGUAGUGUGCUGGCAAAAGGAGAGAACACAGCAGAUACACUAAAGUCAAUAGGAAACUUCCUUUUGGGGGUUGCAGCCAAUGACUCAUCGUUGGUGGUGUCUGGAGGGGCUUUAGAUGCACUGUUUGAUGUGUUUGCUGAUGGAGAAGAGGCUGUUAAGGCUGCAAUGGAGAUUAGGUUACUUCAAAACCUUAAGAAAAUACAACCAGCCUUUAGAACAAAGAUAAGGAAGGAAGGUCGAGAGAAAUACAGCACUGAUCAGCUGUGUGUCCUGGACAACGUGAAAAUGAACCUCAAGCGGUUCAUAUCUUAUCAGGAGAAUAUAGAGAAAAAAAUAAAAUCCUAAAGGAUUUAAAACUAUUAUGUUAAAGUAUUUUUAUUUUUUUUAUAUAUAUACCAUAUUCUAACCAAGUGAGAGUGAUCAUGGAGUAUCCUUCACACACAAAAUCAAAAAAGCCUAAGAGACUGUCUGUACAUUUUAAGGAGCCAUUGUACAGGACACUUCAGUGUCAUAUCAAACUUUCAUUUUGGGCUCUCGGUACCAAGGAAAACUUGGUAGCCAUUUGGAAUUGCUGAUCUAAUCUUCAGUUGUCAGAAUGGUUGAUUACUGCAUUGAACAUAAUGAGUUUAUCAUGUUGGGAAAGUAAUGGAUAAGAUAGAAAUCAUGUGACUUAAAUAAGCUGAUCAUUUGAAUCCCACAGUUGGUGUCUUGCCCAUUUCGUUAAAGACCCCAUUUAAAGUUUAAAGAGAAUAAAACAUGUAAAAAUUGA